UCCUGCAGAUGUCGCUGAGAGUCUUCACAGUGGACGCCUUUACCCCGAGGCCCUUCUCUGGCAACCCGGCAGCUGUGGUGCCUCUCCCCAAGGUGCUGGAGGACGAGACGCUACAGAAGGUGGCCUCUGAGUUCAACUUGUCGGAGACAGCAUAUUUGGUUGCCCUGGAGGGUGAGGAGUCAGCUCCCUGGACCAGCACGUGCCGCUACUCCCUCAGGUGGUUCACACCCGUCCAAGAGAUCCCUCUCUGUGGGCACGCCACCAUAGCCGCCUCACAUGUUCUCUUCCAUGAGCUGGGUAAGUCUCACUCUCUCUCUCCCCAAUCAACCCAUCCUCCUGUUAGAUACUACUCUUUGUAACUAUGUGGACCAUCAUACUGUAACACCACCAUA